GAACACAGCAAGGACAUCCUUGCCAGCGACCGCAUCUGCCGCGUGCGGACCGCAUUGCACCGUGCCUACUCGAGCCAUCGGUCGUCUGCGAAGGUGAAUGUGUAUUGGCAAGCGGGCGCCGCCAAGGCCAGCAAAGUGGAAUCCCUCGCCGACUUCGCCGUCGGAGAGUUGAUAUUGGUCCCCCUGAGCCCGUCGAUGGGGCAGAACGCUGAGGUCCCAGCCAACGCCGUUGAGAUACCAGAGUCUUCGUUCGUGGACCCUUCGUCGGGCAAGGACAGCAAGAUGUACAUCGCGCCGAAGGUGGAGUUCCCGUCCGACAAGUCCGUCGGUUUUGUGGUGCCGUACUGGUGUGUUGGCACUGCCGCUCCUGGCGACGCCGUGAACAUGGUCGCUGGCGUCUUGAAGGUUGACCUGGCCUACAAAGACACCCUGGUGUCCGUUGGUGGCUCCCGCACGUCGAGUGCGCACGUCAGUUUGCCAGUGCUGUACAACUCCGCGCCGCUCAAGGUCGGCGCGGCGCUCUUGAAGUCUUCGUCGCCUGUUUCGCCCCCCGAGACUGUCAUCGCGGCUCGCCCGAAGAAGAAGCUUCGGAGCUAG